GGCGCGCCACGGUCCGCAGCACCCGGCAAGCGCCUGCUCCGCCGCUAGGAUGCCCAAGAGGAAGGUCAGCUCGGCCGACGGCGCGGGGAAGGAGGAGCCCAAGAGGAGGUUGGCGAGGCUGUCAGCUAAGCCUGCUCCUGCAAAAGUGGAAGCGAAGCCAAAAAAGGCAGCGGGAAAGGAUAAGUCUUCAGACAAAAAAGUGCAACCAAAAGGAAAAAGAGGAGCAAAGGGAAAGCAAGCUGAAAUGGCUAACCAAGAAACUAAAGAUUUACCUGCAGAAAAUGGAGAAACUAAAAAUGAAGACAGUCCAGCCUCUGAUGAAGCAGGAGAGAAAGAAGCCAAGUCUGAUUAA